GGAAGGAGCGGAGGUUGGCCGGGGAAGCCAGCCGAGGUAUCUUUUGGAGCGUUGAGUAGCUCUCGGCCGUCAUGCAAGCUACAAUGGCGUCCGCGUCUAUUCUAUCUACCCGAAGUCAUCUUCAAGCUCCUGACUGAAUCCAUUCAUAUAUCUCACAAUUAAGGCUGUUUGCUACCAUACAUACCACGCGUAACCUCAGUCAAACCUUAACAUGAAAGGCAUACAAAUCAAAGAAUAUGUCAAUGGACCAGAGGAUCUCAAAGUCCUCGACCUCCCAACUCCUACCCCCAAAUCCAACGAGUACCUAAUCGCCAUCCACGCCUCAGCAACCAACUUCUUUGAUCUCCUCCAGAUCCGCGGCAAAUACCAGCACCAACCUGCCUUCCCCUGGAUAGCAGGCUCAGAGUUCUCCGGCGUCGUUAUCAAAGCACCUUCCUCGCUCGCAGGAGGCAAGACACCGAAGUUCAAGGAGGGCGACAAAGUCUUUGGUGCUUCCCAGGGCGGUUACGCAACACACAUCGUCUGCACAGAGGAGAGACUUAAGCCCGUGCCCGAGGGAUGGAGUUUUGAGGAUGCUGCUGGUGUAUUUGUUACGGCGCCGACGAGCUAUGCUGGUUUGGUGACUAGAGCAGGCAUCAAGAAGGGCGACUGGGUUCUCGUUCACGCAGCAGCCGGCGGCGUCGGUCUCGCUGCCGUGCAAAUCGCCAAAGCCUUUGGCGCAACCGUCGUAGCCACCGCUGGCACAUCGCACAAACUCGACGUCGCGCGUUCCUUUGGCGCAGACUACGCUGUCUCCUACCGUGACAAAGAUUGGCCCGAGCAAGUGAAGAAGCUCACUCCCAAGGGCCGUGGCGUGGACAUCGUGUACGACCCUGUCGGUCUGAUCGCACAGUCCAUGAAAUGCACAGCCUGGAACGGCAGACUUCUGGUCAUCGGAUUUGCGGCAGGUGACAUCGAGAAGAUGGCUACGAACCGCAUUUUGCUCAAGAAUGUUAGUGUUGUUGGGUUGCAUUGGGGUGCGUACGCGAUAAACGAGCCAGAGAUGCAGGAUAAGGUCUGGGACGGCAUUUUCCAGCUUGUCAAGGAGGGGAAAUAUAAGGGCACCGCUUUUACUGAUGUAGAAUACGUUGGACUUGACAGCGUACCCGCGGCGCUAAAGGCGUUGGGUGGACGCAAUAGCUGGGGUAAGGUUGUUGUCAAGGUACCGCAAGAGGGUGGGAGCAAGAUGUAAAGUGUCUGCGCAUGCUCAAUCAAGCGAAGUUGCCCAAGUCAGGCAC